AUGGGAUCACGAGGUAAAUUAUUCUGCGCUUUUUCGCCGGCAUUUAUUAUACCAAUCAUUAACUUUUCUGUCGGUGUUGGUAGCGGUAACAUUAUAUGUUCUAUCUAUCCAGGAAUGAAAACAAAUCUUAUUGGUUCCGGAAUUGCUGAAUUCUUCUUUGUUCUAUUUUUAAUGUUUUUCGUUCAUCGCCUCGCGUCUGGUUACGAUAAGAUUGAAGUUUCCACGAAGACAAUUACGUAUAGUGAUGGCAGCCAAAAAGUAAAAGUAACGAAAACAUCCGAAUUAAAGGCGUGUGCUGGUAAAAUCUAUAAUUAUUAA